UCUGCCGGUCAGAGCGCGCCCGGCUCCUGGGGAUGGUGGGAGAGUUGUCUGCUCCUUGUGUGCUUGUGACUGGGGUGAGGGUGAUGGGCACUGGCUCUCGUAAUGGUCAUUUUUGGCAAAUAGGAACCAUUUCCCUGUCUAGAGGAGGGUCCUGUGCAUCCCGGAUGCCCUUCGGCUGCUGGCAGCCCCCUUGCUUUCAGUGAUGCUCGUGGGAGCUCACCCUGUGCUGAGCCCCCCAUGUGGGGACCUGCUCUAGUGUGAGGCAUCCCUGCCUGUGGCAGGGGUUGGAACUGGAUGAUCCCAAGGUCCUUUCCACCCCAAAGCAGUGAUUCCAUGACCCCGCAGCUGGGCUCUGUGUGUUCAGAGCCUGGUCCCUGCUCUGAGCGAGCCCCAAGCUCCGCUCACUCCCUCUCAUUUCAGUGCUUUAUUUUUCCCUUCCCCUUUUCCUCCCCUCCUCUUCCGACAGCUCCGGGGCCGGGUCCGGCUGAGCCGCAGGGUGAGCGGCCCCGCAGUGGGAUGGAGCUCACAGGGCUGCAGAGCCAUGGCCGCAGGCACCUCUGGCUGCGCCAUCCCCUGCGAGGCUCCGGCUGCAGGGCUGGAAAUAACAGGCUUUGAUUCCUCCCUUUUGUCUCGGCAGCCGUUAGGGAACAAGCAGUUGGCCUUCCAGCAGCAGCUCCUGCAGAUGCAGCAGCUCCAGCAGCAGCACCUGCUGAACCUGCAGCGCCAGGGGCUGGUGAGCCUCCCACCGGGGCAGGGCUCCGUGCCCCUGCAGACCCUGCCCCAAGCUGUGUGCCCCUCGGACCUCCAGCAGCUCUGGAAGGAGGUCACAGCCGCCCAGCCCGUCGAGGACAGCAUCAAGCAAGAAGGUCUCGACCUCACCACCAACACCUCCAACUCUACCUCGUUUUCGGCCGCCAAGGUCUCGCCUCCCAUUUCCCAUCACCCUCUGCCCAAUGGACAGAGCACCAUGCACACGCCGAGAAGGGACAGCUCUUCCCAUGAAGAGACCCCUGGCUCCCAUCCGCUCUAUGGCCACGGAGAGUGCAAGUGGCCUGGCUGCGAAACCCUCUGUGAGGACCUGGGACAGUUUGUCAAACACCUCAAUACAGAACAUGCACUUGACGACCGAAGCACGGCCCAGUGUCGAGUCCAGAUGCAAGUGGUACAGCAGCUGGAAAUACAGCUGGCAAAGGAGAGUGAACGUCUCCAAGCAAUGAUGGCCCAUCUUCACAUGAGACCUUCAGAGCCAAAGCCUUUCAGCCAACCUCUGAACCUGGUCUCCAGUGCCACCCUCUCCAAGAGCACUUCCGACACGUUCCCUGAUGGCUUACCUCAUCCCCCCACCUCCGCCACGGCGCCCAUCACCCCACUGCGGCAGGGCCCCUCCGUCAUCAGCUCUUCCACUUUACACAACGUGGGGCCCAUCCGCAGGAGAAACUCGGAGAAGUUCUGCACCCCAAUAUCUUCAGAACUUGCACAGAACCACGAGUUCUACAAGAACGCUGAUGUCCGGCCACCCUUCACGUAUGCCUCGCUCAUCCGGCAGGCCAUCCUGGAGACCCCCGACAGGCAGCUAACGUUGAACGAAAUCUAUAACUGGUUCACACGGAUGUUUGCCUACUUCCGGAGGAACACGGCUACCUGGAAGAACGCUGUCCGCCACAACCUGAGCCUGCACAAGUGCUUCGUGCGUGUGGAGAACGUCAAGGGAGCCGUGUGGACCGUCGAUGAGCACGAGUACCAAAAGCGAAGGCCACCAAAGAUGACAGGGAGUCCGACUUUAGUCAAGAACAUGAUUUCAGGACUCGGUUACGGAGCACUUAAUGCAAGUUACCAGGCUGCGCUGGCAGAGAGCAGCUUCCCACUGCUGAACAGCCCCACCAUGAUCAACACGAGCUCGGCCAGCGGAAUGCUGCACGUGGGCCACGAUGACGUGAGCAGCACCGUGGAGCAGGUCAACAGCAACGGCAGCAACAGCCCCCGCCUGUCCCCGCAGCAGUACAGCCAUCCUGUGCACGUGAAGGAGGAACCAGCCGAGGCAGAGGACGACAGCAGACCCGUCUCCCUGAUGGCCACCACCAACCAGAAUGUGACGAUUCCCGACGACAGGGACCUGGAGGAGGAGCUGCCGGUGGAAGACUUGUCCUAAGGACCCCUUCCUCCUCCCCACCGAGGGGCAAACCCUUCCCACCAUCCCGGCCGGAGACCAAGCGACGGCUCCCACCUCCCCAAGGUGACCUUCGGCGUUAACCUGGUUUUUAAAGGCACUUCCACAAAGCAAAAGGGUUUCCUUGGUGCAACGACCUGUUGCUGACGGCGCAUCCCUCACGCUCCCCACUGCCCCGCGCUGCACCCGGUGACUGACUGACCCCUGCCGUGGGGGACAUCCUGCGACAUGAGAAGCGAAAACCCAAGAGCUGGACUUUUUGUCCCCUCCUCCCUUGGUUAGUGAGUGGUGAACGAGGAUGGUAGGUUGUUUCUGUCCGAAAUGGUCCCUCCUUCCUUCCCUGUGCACGGUGGGCGCAGGGAAGGCAGCUCCGUCCCCUCUUCCCUGCGGUGCUCCAGCUUCCACCAGUGACCACCCUGGCAAGGGAAGGUGAUGGCAGGAACCCGCUGUCAUCUCUCCAUCACCCAGUGGGGUUUGCACUAGCAGGGACUGUGGACCCUGCCCAUGUGCUGCCCCCACCCAGCUUUGGGGGAAGAAACAGCGGAAACAGGAGGCAAGUCCUCUGCCAUGGUCUGGAUGCGAGGCUGGCACCGUUGUCUCGGCUGGGCAAGGAUGAGGACUGGUGCUUUAGUGGGACUGUGUCCCCUUGGCCUUGCCACCUCCAGCAGGUCCUUAAACCACCCAGCCCCUGGUCCACGGUGGUGGGGAGCUGGUGGCACCAGCAGUAAUGAACGUCCUCAACCAACCACCAGUGCUGGCAGUGAGGACACAUCUGCUUCCUUCUCGUUGUCAUCUGCAGCAGGUUACACCCCUCCCAGUGGCCCAACUUUGGCUUCAGGGGAAGCUCCUGAACCCUGUGUGCCCAAUCCCUGCUCCAAAGCCAGGGCAGGGUCUCCAAGGCUGCAGCUUGGCCAUCCUGCUGGUGGCAAAGCCAAAUCAGUGCUGGCCGUGGCUGCUGAGCUGAGCCUGCUGCCUCCAGGACUCCCACUUUCAUCUUGUCCUUUCGUUAUCCUUUUGUGUGCGUCCAGAUGGGAAGAUACCAAAAGAUUUCUAGAGGACAGAAGGUCCAUAGUUCAGGUGAACAGAUGGUAUUAAUGCCAAAAAGAAAAGAAAUAUUAAUAAUAACGAGAACAACGCAACCAAACACCCCUCUUCUCCCUGCUCUUUCUUUCGGUGGUGGUGAUGCGGGUACCCAGCGCUGGGCUCCUCCUCUCCUCCUCCAUGGCCAGGCUGGCACUGGCUGUACUGGUACGCAGCGGGGUCUGCUGUGAUGGACGUGGAGCUCUCCCAGUGUGACCCAGAGCACUGCUCCAUGCUCCCAGCACCCUGGGUUGACUGUGCUGGGCUCCUGGCAGCAGCAGCACCCUGGGAGCUCUGGUUUGGAUUGAAAAUGCCACACGCAGCUUUGGUCUGGGGGGUACUUGUUUGUCCCUGUGACAUCCUCCAGGGGAUCUCAGCUCUGUGCCACAUGUCCUCUGUGCAAGCCCGCACCUCAGAGCAUCCUCUUUGCUGCUUCUUGCAUCCUCUGUACCCUCUGCACCCGUGGGUGAGGCUGGGUUGCCCUGAGCCACCCAGGUACUGGUCCAGGGGAUGCUGAGAUCCUCGAGGAGCUGGGUUGGUGGGGGGGACACAUCCCGAUGAGGCUGUAAUGGGAAUUAAACCCCAGCAAAGCCAGCAAAUCCUGCCCUUCCCAGCCCCACACACGGGUGCUCCGGCUGUUCUGAGCCAUUCCAGUUUGUUCCAUGCCAUUCCGUACUGGCCUUCGCUAGGUGUCUCCACUCGACCCGUGUUUCCUGCUCCCUCCUGCCUCGCUGCUGCCACAACACUGCUCUGAGGAGGUUUGUGCUCCAGGCCGAUGGGAUUCUCCCCUUUUCCCCGGCCUCCCCUGGCUUCAUCCUCCCUCCACUGGACACCAAAGACCCUGCCCGGGCUGGGGGCAGGAGCCAAACCCCCUUUCUUGCAGCCCCAAAAGGACCUUUAUCCAUCAUGUUUUUAAUGGGAUUUUGUUCAAACCAGUCUUGAUCUUAAGUUAUUGUUUUCUCCCCACGUUUACAGCUGCAGAGGGAGGCGGCAGCACAACCUUGCUGCUCUCCUCAUACCAAGGAGGGGGUAGGAUGCCCAGCCUGGGUGUUGGGAUGAAGCCUCCCACUCCAUGUCCAUGCUCACCCUCGGCAGGACAUCCCUGCUUCCAUCCAGGCUUUUGGGGUUUGAUUUGCAUCUCCCUAAUGGGGGCUAUUGUGCAUCUUAGGGCUGUGCCAGUGCCCGGUGUCACCCCUCAUGCUGCUCUAGGACACCCCAAUGUCCCUGGCCUUGCAUGGGGCACUUUGUCCUCUCCAUGCAAUGGGCUUUGCAGCAUGGCUGAUGCUGCAGGUACUGGGUGGUGGGUGCUGCAGGGACCCCUUCCACUGGAGCAGCUGCUCCAAGCCCCAUCCAGCCCAGCCUUGAGCACUGCCAGGGAUGGGGCAGCCACAGCUGCUCUGGGCACCCUGUGCCAGCGCCUCAGCACCCUCAGGACACGGGGGUUCAGGAGCUGCUCCCCUUCAUUGGCUCUUCUGAGUCCUUUCCCUUCACCUUCAGAUUUAAUGCCAAUAAGCUCUGCAGACCCCAGGUUUCUGCACUGGGGCAGCAAAACCCAAAGGUGGUCCUGGCAUGGAGCACACCCGGCACCGGCAGCUCCUGCUCAGGGGGGGAUUUCUAGGUUUAAGUGUUUCCAGAGGUACAGACACCCCAAAACCCUGCCCAGGACCUCCAGAUGCAAACUGGUCUAAGCCACAGCCCCAGCUCUGCAAGGAUAACCUGGCACCAUCCCCUCCUCACCACGUAUUCCAAUAGGUCCUUAGCUGCCACCCUGGCUCCCAAGAGCACUAUAUAUAUAUUAUAUAUAUAUAUAAAUAAAUAUAUAAAUGUAAAGGAGUUUUUUUUCUUCAAACACAUGCCCAGGUUUGGGAAAUCCUAUGGCUCCAUUGAUGCCUCUUCCCCCCUGUUGCUGAGAUGGGAAUUGCAGUGGGUGAUGCGCACGGGUUUGAUGCUCGGGGGUGAAUUUCAUUCAUCCUCUUACACCCAGCCUGGCUGUUCCAUGGGUCCCAUCAACUGCUGGUACCAUCCCCCUGUACCCCCUCACCCUGCUGGGUGGCUCUUUGCUGGUUUGGAUUUGAACUCAUUCUAUGUGGCUUACCUCAAACUCACACCAAGGCAGGGAUGGGGGGGAAGGAAGGUAUGGACCAAACGCAUCAUGUGGCAGAGCUGUGUGUCUGUAUAUACUGAGAUAUAUAUAUACUGGUCAAACCUACCAGCACCAAAUCUGCUCUUUUUGUUUCCUCUGGGUAUUUUUGGUUUGAUUUCCUGGUUUUUCCCACUCUGGGGCAGUUCUGCCAAGGGACCGUGUGGCCACCUCUCUGUAAGUAAAGGCAUCUUCCUGGUAUCUCCCACUGAAGGAAUUCCUCAUUUUUCCAUGGUUUUUGUUUUUUUUCUUCCCUCAAUGAUUUUUAUUCCUCACCCCCAAUAGCUAGAAUAGAUAGAGCUGGGGGUGGGGGGGAUGUCAGAAACCAGUGCUCAAAGGGAAGGGGUGCUGGUAGCACUGGGGAGCUGCUGGUGAGGCCAGGGGGCAGCAGCAGCCCAACCUGCAUCAAACCAAAGGGUUUCUUUGCUUUGUUUACAGCCUCACGCCCCAGAGGGUCUCCCUGGAUCUAGGUUUUUGUCCUGGAAGCAUUGGGGAAGGUGGGGACAGGCCCAAGCCAGGGGCUCACCCAGGCCACAACCUCAUCCUUUAUUCCCCCCCCUCCACUUUGUUUCUCCAUCCCCUUUGGCCUGGGUGGGAGGUGAUGCUGGGGAGGUGGGACAGGUCCACAGGGGCUGGAGGAAGGUGGGGGGGAGGAUGUGUAUAAAGUGACCAGACCCCUUCCCUCCUGCCACGUCCCCUGUGCUGUAUAAAGGAUCGAGCAUUGCUGUGUAUUUGUACUCCGAACCUCCGUGUGUCUGCGUUGGCAGACGGUAAACCCUUGUACAGUAGGAAUAGCUGCAUGUAAUCUGUAUGGACAAUGGCAUUAUAAAAUGCAAUAAAAUAAAUUACCUAUCA